AUGAUUGGAUGUGGAAACCUCCAAGAGAUUUUCACUAAGAUCAAGCUCAACAAGGUAGCUGUGAGAAGUGUUAAGAUUAGGUAUGGACCACAAGGGAGAACGCCGUUUACUCCGGACAUUGUCGGGGCCCGUCUGCCUGACAAUUGGAAAAACUUGGCCUUAGAGAAGUAUGACAGAACCGCCGACCCAGAAGAACACCUUGAUGCAUUCGUUGCCCAGGUCAGCAUGUACACUGAUGAUGACGCUAUCAUGUGUAAAGUCUUCCCUACCUCGCUGAAAGGACCGACGCUUAAUUGGUUCACGAUCCCACCCGGAUCGGUAGACUUGUUCACAGCCUUGUCUUCCCGGUUCGUGAUACAGUUUGCCACGAGCCGUCCUCAUCAGCUCACGUCAAUCGCAUUAGUCAACAUUUUCCAAGAAAAGAAGGAACCUCUGCGAACCUUCAUGGAAAGGUUCGGAAAAAUGACACUAUCUAUUCGAAACCUGGACCCAGCCGUGGCAAUGCACCACCUGACCACGGCACUAAGGCCCGGGCCUUUCGUCAACAGCCUAUGUAAAAAGCCACCCUGGGACUUGGACGACCUGAGGCAAAAAGCCACAAAAUACAUGCAGAUGGAGGAAUUGGCCGAGUUUCGAAGUCAAAACCGACCCGACCUAUUCCUCGCAAAGAAAGAAGGUGACAAAGAGCCCCCCAGAUCCCGCCCUCGAGACAUACCCGACCGCGAGAAGAAUAACAGAGGGCCAAGAUACAUGCAGUACACGCCACUCAACACCAGCAAAGCCAAGGUGUUGGAACAGGCCUUAGCCACCGAAGUCCUGGCUGUUCCUCGGAGAGCCAUGACCCCGCCUCAUGCAGAUAAGACGAAAACGUGCGAGUUCCACUAG